AACACUGUCUGAUCAGCUGAUAGGCUUUUUUUAGAAUAAAACAUUUGUUGCAAACUGCAAUAUAACAAAACAUAGUAAAAGCUGUGAUCGAAAAUAAACUCUACCGCGUUGCCCAGGCAACUCGGGCCCAAACAAACGAAGUCGAGGGAAUCUCUCCCACAAAUCAAAAGUUAUCAUCGCAUUGGCAAAAUGUUCAUUCUCGACCGAAUCCUGCCGUUUAUUUUUAGCUAUAUAAGACCGUUUAUAAAGUGGUUUCUGCACGCCUUCACCAGGCUCUCGGAGCUCCAGAGGAUAUGCUAUGGGGCUCGUGCAGGUGCCAGUCGAACGAGUCAGGUGGAAAGGUCCCUAACAUUGUCCAAGAGGCCCAAGAUACGCCGUCUUGUACUUGACCUUGAUGAGGCUGCGCCAUACGUGGACAAUGCGGAACUUCUGGAUUUCGCUCCUCGCGCUGCUCGCAUUGUGAUGCAAGCAAAACGUAUAAAGAGCAAUGUACAUCCAGACUUUGCUCGUCUAUUUGGCACCUGUGUGACAAGUAUCUGGGGCUACCGCCGGCUCAUGCAUCACAUAGAGCAGCUGCGGGCAGAGAGUUACGACUCGGAUAACCUAGACCACGAGCAAAAAUUGUUGCGGCUAUGGCAGCUCCUCAUGCCGGACACUCCUCUCACUGGACGCGUCAGCAAGCAGUGGCAGGAUAUUGGCUUUCAAGGCGACGAUCCAAAGACGGAUUUCCGCGGAAUGGGCAUGCUCGGUUUAGAUAAUUUGCUGUACUUCGCAACCGCCUAUAACGACGCUGCCAAGCACGUGCUUCUGCACUCGAUGCAUCCCACCCUGGGUUAUACCUACGCCAUUGUGGGCAUUAACCUCACCUCAAUGGCCUUCAAUCUAGUUAAAACAGGUGCCGCCAAAACUCACUUCUACAAUCUGGUGGUUCAGCACAGACAGGACUUUAGCACAAUAGAGGAUUUCCACAAGCUGUACUGCUAUCUCUUCUUUGAGUUUGACCGCUUUUGGAUAGAAAGUGACCCGCGCAACAUUAUGGACUUCCGCGAGAUUUAUCAGGCAUUUGAAAUAACAAAACUGGAGGCCUUGCACAAUGAUAGCACUAUUUUUAAGACCAAUUUGGUUGUAGAAUCCGUCUAAAAAUACACAGAAGUAUAUUAGUA